AUGCCCUUCCCACAAUCACCCAACUUCGGAGGCUCCAUGGGCGGCUCGCCACUCAACCUCAAUCCGUCCGUCGGCUCGGAUGGCCCCAGACAAUACUCGGCAGGUUAUAUCUCGACGACCAGCACGGGACAUCACCACAUGGACCACACCCAGAGCAUGAAUGCUAUCAGCCAGAGGAACAACAUGCCCGAUCAGGACGACUGGGUCUCCAGUCCUAUCAACCCCAAUAGGAUGCGUACUGGUACCGGCCCAGGAUCGGCUUCCAAAAGUCCGUAUCGUGGCUCGGGUGGCGGAUUGUUUGCCUUCAAAGACUCAACCCCUCUCAAGUCUUCUCGUAACUCUGGCCUGUUUGGAUCCACGAGCAAGAUGUCCAACUCGAUUAAAUCUAAACGAAUGAGUCACGCGAUGGAAGAUGACGCUCCACCAAAAGAAAGCCUACUGGAUGGUGAACCGUCCAACUCGAAAUCUUCUCGACACGAUCUUUCUGGCCACCGUUCACUAGCCUCCUCAUUGACAACACACCUAUCCAACCAAGCCACCCACCAGUCCUCUCAUGCCGACCAGGCCCCACAGACGAGCUCGUCGACUGGCUACAAGGUUCAUGUCUUUGGAUUCACGCCCUCUCAGCAAUCGUUUGUGAUGGACCACUUCAGCUCGAUCGGCGAGCUCGUCUGCCCGCCAGAGCUUUCGACGGAGGGGGGCAACUGGGCGACGGUGAGUUACAAGCACAGCAUGGCGGCCCAGCGGGCGGUUAGGAAGAACGGCGAGAUCCUCGGCGGGAUCAUCAUGAUUGGCUGCAAGUUCGCCGAUAGCUCCUACAACCCAACUGAUACACUGGACAGCCGGGCAGGCUCCGAGCAGCGUAAGCUGGGCACCUCGGCUGCUGGGCUGCCUCGGUCUGGUAGCAUGAUCGUCAGUCGCUCGCUCAAGACCUACGACUCCACAGAAGCCUUCGCAACCCCGGCACAAUCCAACGACAAUGGCCUCCUCGGCAUGAUCAGCAACGCUAGUAAACCCAAUCCGUCAAUCUUUCAGAACCAGGCCGAAGAUCCGGCCAAAGACGGGGCCAAUAGCUCCUACAUCAAUCGCGCUUUAGAUCUUGUCUUCGGCUGGUAA